GAAAAACAUUUUAAGAAAAAGAUUCAUUAAAUAAAUAAGGUAUAAGUAACUUGGAUUUACUUGAAUUUGAGAGAGAGAAAAAAGAAACUGCUAUAUUCGGAGGAGUAGUUAAAUAAAACAGAGAAACUGCUAUAUUCGGAAUCUGAGCAAUAUGGAUUCUCAACAACUUGGACGCCAUCUCCUUUUCCUUCCAUUUUCCCUCAACUCAAACUCCUAACAUACUUUUUAUUAUUCAUUAUUAGGCCAUAAUGGUUUACACAUUAUUCAAUUAAACAAAUCUCACUCUUGCAAUCACCAUGUCAGUUUCCACCAGCAAAUCCUGCUUCUGUGUAGGGAGGGAUUUGCACUAGGAUUUGUCAUACGCAAGAGCAAUUCAACUCUGGGAUCGGAUUCUUGGGUGGAUGAUCCCAUUACUCGCCACAUCAUCAGUCUUUACAUUAGCAAAGAAGAGGAGGUAGAUAAGAAUCUAUUGUGCACCAAAAGGGCCUUUACAGUAUACUUAUUCUGCCAUUGGUUGAGCCUAGGCAUUUAAAUGCAUAUGCAAGGUUGUGUAAAAGACCUGAUUGUGGAGCUGCUCUUGGUAUGAAUGAUGGCCUGUCUUCCCUCUUACUGGAUCUUCCAUCAGUAACAGGGGCAUUUAUGGUAGCACAUGCCAUUGGUGACAUAAUUACUGGUGACACAGUAGAACUUGAAGUGAUUGUAACUGCAGCUCCCUCUGUUGGAGGCCUGUUUGAUUCACUCACUGGUAGUAUAGGCAUCUCUUCCAGGGCAAAACCUGUUGCCCUUCCCAUUGCUUCUUCCUCCCCUUUGAUUUAGUAUCACAAAUUUAUGCUAUUUUAGUAUAAUGGAUUAUAAACUUAUGUUUCCAUGUCUUUUGGUUGUUACACAACCAUUUCUUGUAGUUUAUUUAUCGUACUUGUCCUCUUUACUCCAUGAAAUCUCUAAUUUUUACUUCAAAGGAUAUAUCAAGAAGAGGACUGAUCGACCAUGCUCAAUUCUUUAUGCUUUGCAACUCUCUUCCUAUUCCAGUGUUCCUUAUGUUGUCCAUCUGAUAAUUUGCAUAUU